UGCAAGAUUGGCCGGUACAUUUUUGUUGAAUGGCACAGAUUUGGCUCCUUGAUACAUCGACUACGCCUCUCGUUCUGCUUGUGCAUACUCUCUCGACCUUUUGUACGUUCUUGUGAUGCUCAUUACCUAAAAGCCGACGCCACUUGUCAGGAGGAAACGACCUGCCCGUGAUCGACCCAACGACCCUGACCCUCACGAUAAGCUGCGGAUCCCUCUUCUUUCAUUUCAAAAUCACCCUCAUUCCCAUUCAAGAUGCGACCAUCAAUACUGCUAUGGUCUCUUGUCACCUCGGUAUCAUCUAUCCUUGCCGCCCCUCCAGGAAAUGAAAGAAGUGGAGGAAGAGCCAUCUCAGGAGACUCCGCUGGUGAUGCAGGCGACUACACAAUUUUCAAUGGCAUUAAGGUGCCUCCGAUGAAGGACAUUCAAGGUCCUGAAUUCCAAAGUACAAUUAAAGAUGGCUAUUGGUGGGUUAAACAUUACUCACCAUACUGCGGCCAUUGCAAGGCCGUGGCCCCGUUAUGGCAGACCCUGUACGAGUUUUACACAACCUCCGAUCCGCUCGAAGGCCUCACCAAAAGUGGACAACCCGACCUGUCCUCUCCAAACAGUUUUCAUGGUUUCUACAAUUUCCAUUUUGCCGAACUGAAUUGCAUUGCCUAUGGCGAUGUCUGCGAGAAGAACGGCGUCAAGUCAUGGCCUACGUUCCUCUUGUAUAAAGAUGGCGAGCUCGUGGACAAGUAUACUGGUCAAAGGACCAUGCAAGCAUUCAGCAACUACGUUGAGGAGAGGUUGGAACAAAGCAAACCAGGUUCUCGACCACGCGGUGGCGUCAAGGUCCCCGAAGUGGGAGCAAAGGGGUCUGAUCACGCUGCGCAGCCGGACAAGCCUCUAGCCAAAGACAAGGAUUCUGCCGCAGGAGCUGCAGCUGGCGAGAAGCACAAUCAAGAGGCUGCCAAACUGGCAACCGCCACUUCCGCUGCCACCCCUGGCUCAGAAACCUCGGAAAUCAAGAUGCUAAGUUCCAAGACGGGUGUUGGACCGAACCCAAAUGGCCUUUCCAUCGCCCUCACAGCAGAAACAUUCCAAAAAUUCGUCACAAACUCUCAAGACUCGUGGUUCAUCAAGUUUUACGUCCCCUGGUGUUCUCAUUGUCAACACCUUGCCCCCACUUGGGCUGAAAUGGCCAAGGAAAUGCAAGGCAAGCUCAACAUCGGCGAGGUCAACUGUGAGGAAAAUUCUCGGCUGUGCAAGGAAGCCAAGAUCAACGCUUACCCGACAAUCUACUUCUUCCGUGGCGGGGAACGCGUCGAGUACGAGGGUUUGCGAGGUAUUGGGGAUCUUCUGUCUUUUGCAGAAAAAGCCCUAGACAGUGAUGUUAAAUAUGUUGAUGCCGCCGGCUUGAAGAAGAUGGAGGAGACCGAGGAGGUCAUCUUUGUCUAUUUUUUCGAUCAUGCCACAACAUCAGAGGAUUUUGCGGCAUUGGACCGCUUGACCCUGAGCAUGAUUGGUCACGCAAAGAUAGUAAAGACUGACUCACAGAUCCUCGCCAACCGGUUUAAGAUCUCGACCUGGCCUAGACUACUGGUCACACGGGAUGGCAGACCUAAUUAUUACAACGCACUGGCGCCCAAGGACAUGAGAGACUUUCGCAAGGUGCUGAAUUGGGUCCAAUCGACCUGGCAACCCAUUGUACCAGAACUGACCACCGCCAAUGCCAAGGACAUCAUGACGGGCAAAUAUCUUGUGCUCGGAAUAUUGUCGCGCGAGCGCCCAGAUGAAUUCUUGCAGAGCAAACGAGAACUCAAGAAUGCCGCUUUGGAGUGGAUGGACAAGCAGACUCAGGCCUUCCAACUAGAACGACAAGAACUUCGCGACUCGAAGCAGUUACGCAUCGAGGAAGCCGAAGACCGAAAUGAUCAGCGGGCCUUGAGGCAAGCCAAGAGCCGAGUGAUCAGCAUUACCGAAGAGAAUUUCCGCAAAGGGGUUGGCUUUGCCUGGGUUGAUGGAGUCUUCUGGGAGAGGUGGCUCAGGUCCACGUAUGGGAUUGAUGUUUCCAAGGGCGAAAGAGUCAUUAUUAAUGAUGAAGAGAAUCGUCGCUACUGGGACCAGACGGACUCUGGCGCUUUCAUCGUCCCCUCGCGGACAUCGAUCCUCGAGACGCUGGGACGAAUCGUGGCUAACCCACCGAAACUAACACCCAAAUCGACGAUUGGCACGUUUGAAAAUAUUUUCUUCCAAAUCCGCAACUUUGGGACCUAUCACCCGUACCUUUCGGUCGGGUUGCUCCUCGCCGCAGUGGUUGCUCUUAUCUCGAUCUUGAAGAACGGUACCACGAUCAAGCGAAGCCUGAGCAGAAAUAGCAGCGGGUAUUUCCAACUGGACGGAAAGGAAGGACUACUGGGCAACAACAAUGGCAAAGCAGACUGAGGGCGAUGACCUUGACGGACCGAAGACGGAAAAUUGUACAAUUAUCCAAGCACUGAAAUGUCUAUAUGUACCAAGCAUGGCGAUGGAGUUUAGGGAAAGAGGUUCGCCUGGAGCAUCAAAGGACGAAUGGAUUUAUUUGGUUAGCAUCUUUGAUAGAGCGUCUAUGUAUCUGAGUGGUCGAGGUGGGUUGGCUUGAUCAUGGUUCCUGUGAUUUCAUUUCCAUGAAUAGUGUUGGUGUUGUGACACGGCUGUCCUCUUGUCUUUUGGUCGUGUCGUGAUGGAGGUGACGAAGCCAGUUCGAAGCCCUGGUCAGUGAUUGACACAAUGGUCAAGAAAAAGGGGAUGAUUCUAUCUGAGUCACAACACCCACAAUGCCACACCCAAACGGUCCUACCGCAAAUCCAGGCCCAACCCAUUUUGGAUCUGCAUUUAUGAUGAGGGAGAUUUGUCUGCUCCACUCCAUCCUCUAACUCUGCACAAAGCGC